AUGAACUCCGACAAGUCCGACAUCCAACGCCUCGUAUUCAGUGGCAAGCGUGAGGACUUCCAAACCUGGAUGGACGCCUUCCGUGGUGAGCUGCAGAAGCGCUGGCUUAAGGCCCGCAUUGACGCCCAAAACGCCAAGCGUGCCGUGUGUGACGUGUCGUACGAGUCUUGGCUUACUGGUGUGCCGGAUGCGCUACCGGAUACCUUAACGCAAGAAUCCCUACAGGAGGCCACCCUCCUUAGGGAUUUACAAAACUCGAGCGCGGCGAGUGUUAUUGGCCUCCUCACUAAGUUCGUCGGCACCCUUACGUCCGACUACCGCCAUGUGGGUGACCACUUUAAGGCAAUGAGUGCCCUACGGAACCGCAUCAACGCUUAG